CCAUAAAAGUGUAUUAUUAUUAUUAUCCCCACUCGAACAGUGAAAGUCAUCACAAAGAGACAGGAGCGCCUUUGCAGUGUUGAGAACUCAUGUGUCAAAAUAAUAAAUAUUUUUGUAGGUUGUGUACAAAUUAUAAAACUACAAAGUACAAAAUUAUCAGUAAUUAAUUUGAUUUUGUUAGUUGUUUUAUUUGUUAUUAGUGUUUGUAUUUAUGCAUCCGUAUUAUGGCUUCGUUGUCGUUGCAGAGAGUGUUACAAAAUAAGAAAACCAGCUUGGAAAUCGAACAGGAGAACUUUGAAAAAUGUCAAAAUAUCAGCAUAGGAAAGGCUGUCAGCAUGAUCGAGAGCCCUGUGAAGGAGAAACACAUAAGGGCUGCGAUUAUAGGUACAUACCACUGUCGAGGCGGUUCUGCAUUUUGGACAGUCAUGUUAAGACAACCCUUGCUCGAACACAGAAUUGUUGCCUGGAAGUUUUGUUAUGUCUUACACAAGGUACUUCGUGAAGGUUUCCAUCUGUGUUUACCAGGAGCCAUUCGGCAUAAGGAACUUAUACUAAAUGUUGGGAAGCUAUGGGGUCAUUUACAAGAAGGUUACGGAAAACUAAUCCAGCUCUAUUGUAAUUUGAUGUUAACAAAAAUUGAUUUUCAUCAUCGGAAUCCGCACAUGCCGGGAAAUUUAUUGUUGUCUUUUGAAGAUUUAAAUAAAAUCUACGGAGAAGACAUUAAUAAUUACUUUCAAUUGUCGGUGGAGAUAUUUGAUUACAUGGAUGAUAUAUUGACUUUGCAGGAAUCUAUUAUAAACAGUCUCAACAAUGUGUCUUCGAUGACAAGUACUGGACAAUGUCGUCUAGCUCCUCUGAUACCAUGUAUACAGGAUUCAAACCAGCUCUACGAUUUCUCAGUGAAGCUUCUAUUCAAGUUGCACUCGUUUUUGCAACCAGACACCCUCAGUGGACAUCGUGACAGAUUUCAGAAACAGUUUGUUAAACUGAAAGAGUUCUACAACAAGGCCAGGGACUACGAGUACUUUGCAAGGCUUAUAAAGAUACCCAGAUUGCCCAAAAGGCCCCCGAAUUUUCUAGAACUGAAUGGUCUGGGCACCUACAUUACACCGGUUGUCGAGGUGAGGCAACCAGAACCUGAACCCGAGGAACCUGUGCGAGAGGAGGUUUUGCUGGAUGUCUCUUCGGAACCUGCUCCACCAAUUCAGCAGGAUGCUGAUUUGCACGAUUUGAUUCGGGAGAGGAACGCACUUAUACACGAGCUGCAGGGGGAAAUUGCUAGAUUAAAUGCCCAAUUAAAUCAAUUAAUGGCCAACGCAAGGGCCAGGACGGAAGCAAUGCAAAGUCAGUUUGAACAAUUGCAGGCCAGAUUGAUUGUUGCCGAGCAACAAUUGGAGAUGGAGCAGAAGGCCAAGAAGGAAAUGGAGGAUAUAGUUGCUGUAUCGCAGAAGGAAGUUUCAGCAAAGGCUGAAGAGUUGGAAAGAAAGUCCGCGAUGCAGGAGGAAAAAUUCCAACGGUUGAAAGAAUUGUACACGAAUAUUAGGGAUGAGCAUGUCAAUCUGUUGAGACAGAAAGCAGACGUCGACAAACAAUUAGCAGUGAUCGUCAGGGAAAAGGCACAACUCGAAGAGGGUCAGAGGCUGGUAGAGGACAAAAGUCAACAGCAGAGUGCUGAACUGCAUGCCAAACUUACCGCCCUCCAAUCCCAAUACGAAGAAGUCUCCCGGUACAAAGAAACCACCGAGAAGUCCUUACAAAUCCUCCAAGUCCAGUCCCAGGAACAACUGGACGAAAACCAACAGCUCAACAAAUCCAUCCAGAACCUCCAACAACAAAACGAAAUCCUGUCCGAAAUCAAAACCCAAUACGAAGACCUCACCAAAUCCUACUCGGACUUAACCAAAGACAAAUCCCAAAUCGAACUUUUGAACCAAGAACUUCAACACAAGAACCAGAGUCUCCAAAACGAUCUCCUGGUAACCAGGAAUGAUGUGGAGGCUCUGAAGAAGAUUCAGGAGUGCAUCGAGAAUGAGAAGGUGGAGUUGGUUGUUCGGGUGGAUAAGUUGAUGGAGAAUUGUUUGAAGGUGGAGAAGGAUAAUGAUGAUUUGAAGGCGAGAGAGAAGGAGUUUUGUGAGACGUUUCAGGAGAGGAAGAAAGUGUACGAUGAGCAGUGUGCUGAGAUGGUACGCAGGAUCCAUAUGCUGGAGGAGAGCUUGAGGGAAAAGAAGAGGGAAUAUUUUGAUUUAAGUGUAAAAUACGAAGCUUUGCUAAAAGAAAUGGCUGAACUGAAAACCACACAAAGCGAUAUCAACAGCAAACACUUGUUGGAGAUUCAAGAGCUGAGGAAACAGUGCGAAGACAUCAGGGAAGAAAAAAUGACGUUAGUUGAAAAAGUAGAUUGUCUCGUCAGUGAGAAGACCAUCAUGGAGAAUGAAGUCACUGCUUUGGUGUCACAAAGGGACGAAUUGGAUGAUAAACUCAAGGAGAGCAUUGCGAUUUGUGAACAGAUCAAGGAUUGUGUUCAAAAUGAACAAAAACAGCGCUCAACCCUGGUGUCUCGUCUAAAUGCUGCCCUGCUCCAAUCAGCAGCAGACAAUGUAAGGCGAGCUCUGCACGAGCUGGACGAACCGGCUGCUUCUGGUACUGCCUGCUCUCCUGAUUAUUUCAGGAAAACUGCAGAGGAUGCUUGCGCCAAAUUGGAGAUGUUGGGAGAGAAUUCUUUGCCUUUAUCGGUUGUCAAAGACGACGGUGAGAUUUCAUUGGACGAUUGCAAAGACAUAAUAACCUGCGGACAACUCUUGUGUUCUGUAAUAUCCCAAGGAAAAGGAACAUCAAACACAUCUACAAACAUUGAACUUGGAGAAAGGUUGCAAGAAAAUGUUCGUGCCUGGGCGACUUCCCUAGCCUACACCCUGGACCAAAUAGCAGCCAACCCUAACUCGACAGACAAAACUGAAUUCUACACACCGUUUGUACCAUCAGCUUCCAACUCUGCACUUGGUGGUGCUUCAACAUCUUCAAGCGGAGAAGGGGAUGUUUCUAGGGCUUUCAAUGAUCAAAACGGAGGCACCAGGUUGGAAGGUGUUUGCAGUUUGCAGGAUCUUGUUAAACAAUUGAAGGUGUUGAAGGAGUUGGCUGGUGGUUUGAUGGUUAGCGAUGUGGGUUUGGACGCUCUUGGGGAUCAAGUGGAGGACGAGAUGGCUGGCAUGGAUAGGGCUAUUGAAGAAGCUGCCAAGAAAAUUGAAGGUUUGCUCUCAGCAUCUCGUACAGCAGAUUCAGGAAUUAAAUUGGAGGUCAAUGAGAAGAUUUUGGACGCUUGUACAAGUCUGAUGGCUGCUAUAAGAGAGUUGGUGCAGACUGCCAGAUCUGUUCAAGCUGAAAUUGUUGCUGAAGGAAAGGGCACAGCAACUGCUAAGGAGUUCUACAAGCGUAAUCAUCAGUGGACCGAAGGACUUAUAUCAGCUGCUAAGGCUGUUGCUCUCGGAGCCAAAUUAUUGGUUUCUGCAGCAGACGAGUCCCUCCAAGGUAGUGGCAAGUUCGAAGCCCUGAUGGUGGCUGCUCAAGAGAUUGCGGCUUGCAGUGUCCGCCUGGUGGUUGCGAGCAGAGUCAAAGCCCAAAGAGGAAGCGUGAGACUGCAGGCUCUCAAGCAUGCUAGUAUGGGAGUCGGACAGGCCACGGGGGCUGUUGUGGCAGCCGUUAAGAGUUGUACGCAUAUGGUGGAAACAGCACAGGAUUUGGAUGUGUCCGGUUUAAGUCUACACCAGGCCAAAAAAUUAGAAAUGGAGUCUCAAGUUCGAUUGAUAGAGCUCGAACAAUCUUUGGCCGUGGAAAGGCUGAGACUGGCCUCGCUUCGAAGACAACAUUACCAGUUGGCAGAAGAGUAAGAGAUUUAUAAAUAAGAAUCAUUAAGAUAAGAAAUUAUAAUAAUUAGUUAAUUAUUAUGAUAGGAAGGGCAUAACUGACUAGAAGAGAGAUUUGAAAUAUUUCUCUCGGUAUUUAAUAUAUAGAUAAAUAUUAUAGUUAGUGCUGAAUAUAUAGUAUUGAAAUUAGUCUUGCUUAGAAUAUGGUUUUAGUACA